AGAGAAAAAAUAAAAAAAAAUUCACGUCUUCGUUUAAAAAAGAAAUUUAAUCAACCCCCAAUUGCGAUUCCAACGGGUUUCUUCGUGCGCGAUUUUUAUUUUCGAAGACUACUCUACUCUCCAUAGGAGAGUUAAAAUUAGUUUUCUAAGCAAGAGCAAGAGGUAUUAGAAGUGUGGGGCAUCGAAAAAGAGAGAUUAUAUUGGUGUUGUCAGAUUGUAUACGCAAACGAACACACGCUAAUUGCACAUUUGUAAAAACGAAUAUUCGUAUUUGCUACUGUACUUUCCUUUUUUUCCUCUCUCCCGGUUUAUAUUACAAGAACUAAUCAGUUUUUAUAAAAUCGUUCUGUUAAAUCUCUUAAAUAGUCGGUGACGAUAACGAUAUUCUAACGGCGCUUUUUAAUUUUUUUUAAAUGUCGUUUUACACACAGUGUACUUAUGUAUUUUCCUGUGUGACCGCUUGAAGAAAAGAAAAACAUCAAACGAAGAGAUAUAUAUUUUUUUUAAUAGAAAAAUAUUUCUCCUAUUUUUUUUCUCACAACGAUAUACAUAUGUAUGUAUAUUGAUCGUUUGAGUAAAUCGUUGAUGAAAACGAACAUAACAUCGAUGAAGAAUUCCUUCAAGGAUUAUAACGUUCGAACGCUCUCGUGUUACAAAUCCUUUUGAUUUCUGGUGUAUUCAUUUUCAUUAUUACUGUGAACGUCCGAGAAAGAAAGGAAAAAAAAAGAGAAGGAAAAAAGAAAGGAGACACUGUCACGGCCGAAGAUUAUAAGGAAAUAAGAAAAGGAUAGCAGAAAAAAAUAGGAUCAAUGAUCGGAAGUGGUGAUAGUACCGCGGACGGCGGUGGGGGUAUAAUAAACCCAAAUUUCUCAAUGAAUGUUAUACAAAACAACACGGAGAGUAAUGUAGAUUUGACGAUGGUCACAACGAAUCCAGUCUUGGCUACGCCAGGAUUAAACAGUGCAGCGUGGAAUCGACAACAGGCUGUUAGCGUUAGACACGCUUUCAAAACUUAUGGCAGUAGUAAAAAUCCAAAUCAUGUUAUACAAAAUCUUAGUAUGACGGUAGCCAAAGGAUCUAUAUAUGGUCUCUUGGGUGCUAGCGGUUGCGGUAAAACAACAUUGCUAUCUUGCAUCGUCGGCCAAAGACGCUUGAAUUCCGGAGAGAUUUGGGUUUUAGGUGGUAAACCUGGUACUAAAGGUUCUGGUGUACCUGGAAAAAGAGUUGGUUAUAUGCCACAAGAAAUAGCCUUAUACGGUGAAUUUACCAUACGCGAAACUAUGUUGUACUUCGGUUGGAUAUUUGGCAUGGACACGGCUGAAAUCGUCGAUAGGCUUCGUUUUUUAUUACAAUUCUUGGAUUUGCCAUCGCAAAAUCGACUGGUUAAAAAUCUCAGUGGUGGCCAACAAAGACGGGUAUCUUUCGCAGUGGCUCUCAUGCACGAUCCUGAACUUUUAAUACUGGACGAACCAACCGUGGGCGUUGAUCCGUUACUCAGGCAAAGCAUUUGGAAUCAUCUAGUACAGAUAACCAAAGAUGGCAACAAGACAGUUAUCAUCACGACUCAUUACAUUGAAGAGGCACGACAAGCUCAUACGAUCGGAUUAAUGAGAAGUGGACGUUUAUUAGCCGAGGAAUCACCACGGGCACUUCUCACGAUGUACAAUUGUACAUCACUCGAAGAUGUCUUUUUAAAAUUGUCCAGAAGACAAGGUCAAUACGCUCAACCAGCAACGGAAUUAAAUAUUUCGAACAAUAUUAGUUUGGCUUCUUUAAAUUGGGGAAAAAAAGAAGAACCAGUUUACGUCACGGAAGAAUCAGGCGUGGUUGGUCUAAAUUUCUAUCAAAGCAAAGAAGUUCUCAUUCAUGAUUCGACGAAUGGCGUUGGCAAUCAUUAUGACCUCACAAACAAAUCAUUACACGGAAGUAAAGCUGACUCUACACUGGAAUGUAGUAAUUUUUCAGACUGUUACAAUAUUACUAGCGUAGGAAAAAUAAGAGCCCUCUUGCAAAAGAAUUUCUUACGUAUGUGGAGAAAUAUCGGUGUUAUGUUGUUCAUCUUCGCAUUACCAGUCAUGCAAGUGAUACUCUUCUGUUUGGCAAUUGGAAGGGAUCCUACAGGUUUAAAGUUGGCUAUAGUGAACCACGAAGUGUUUUUUGAAAAUAUGUCGUGUCCUGUCUCGGAAGGCUGUGAUUUCUCUUUACUGAGUUGUCGAUAUCUAAAAUUUCUCAAUAACGAAACGAUUAUAAAGAAUUAUUAUCCGGAUCCUGAGACAGCACAAGAUGCUAUACGGAACGGCGAAGCAUGGGGAAUGUUGUAUUUCACAGAAAAUUUCACGGAUGCUUUAGUCGCACGAAUGGUUCUUGGAAGGGAUGCUGAUGACGAAACUCUCGAUCAAAGUGAGAUCAGAGUUUGGUUAGAUAUGUCUAAUCAACAAGUUGGCCUGAUGUUGAUGAGGGAUCUACAAUAUUCUUAUCGGGAUUUCGCCAAAGAUCUUUUGGUAGCGUGCGAAGAAAAUUCAAAGUUGGCCGACGUACCGAUUCAAUUCAAGGAUCCGAUCUAUGGAUCGAACGAGCCAAGUUUUACGGAUUUCGUUGCACCCGGUGUGAUACUAACCAUCGUGUUCUUCCUGGCAGUCGCUUUGACCUCGUCGGCAUUGAUCAUCGAGAGAAUGGAAGGAUUAUUGGACAGAAGUUGGGUAGCGGGAGUAACACCUGGUGAAAUACUAUUCUCCCAUGUAGUAACUCAAUUUGUCGUUAUGUGCGGUCAAACAGCAUUGGUACUGAUCUUCAUGAUAUUAGUUUUCCGAGUCGAAUGCAAAGGUGAAAUAGGAUGGGUCAUUAUAUUGACGAUACUUCAAGGUCUCUGCGGCAUGUGCUUCGGAUUCGUAAUUUCGGCAAUUUGCGAGCUCGAAAGAAACGCCAUCCAAUUGGCCCUGGGUAGUUUCUAUCCCACACUUCUUCUCAGCGGUGUGAUAUGGCCCAUAGAGGGUAUGCCAACAGUUUUACGAUAUGUCUCGCAAGGUUUACCCUUGACGAUGGCAACUACGGCACUUCGUUCUAUGCUAACUCGUGGUUGGAGUAUAUCAGAGCCAGAUGUGUACAAUGGUUUCAUAUCUACCAUCAUUUGGAUCGUAGUGUUCCUCACGAUAAGCAUGCUGGUCCUUAAGUUCAAACAUAAAUAAAAAGAGA